UUCUCAUUAGCGAAAUCUGACACUGGCAGUAACCACACCUCGCAAGUCCGGGGUUUUCGUAGCAGCUGGAUGGCUAGCUGUCCAGCCUGGCAUCUGGAAGCUGUGACAUUGAAGAGGAGGGAAGACGGCAUUGAAGACAAGGUGCCACAUGGAGGAUUUACUAGCGAUCUAUUUACAUUAUUAUAAAAGCUAGCUAUGCUACCGGCAUUUUGAUAAACACAGCUAAGGUUAGUUAACUACCACGCAUAUUUUGUGUGACUGCGAACGUGAGUUGCGUCUGACAAAAACUUCCAGGACCAGACUAACAUUUUCUCAUGACAGCAAUAUCAACAUAGCAUGACUACUACUAGCCUAGGCCCUAGCACUCCCCCGCCGGUUAAACGUCCCGGUAGACAGCUGUCACCUGGAACUUUCCUUGGGUAAACGUCUGGACGGUCCGUGUAUAUACCAUUAGUUACCACCCGUAGCUAAAUAUAUAUUGGUUAGGUGUUUUGGCUAACCCUGAUACUGUUGUGUCCUGUCCGGUACAUCAGUUGUCCAUACCCAUCAACAGUCAUUUUCAGAUUGUGUGAGAGGCCGAAGAAGCGCUGCUCAUUGACUUGCCAUCAAAAACUUGCGUUAGGAUACGGGUCAGAGGGGAGAAAGCCCUGGAGCUGAUUCUGGAGCUCCAGGAUGAUGAGCGCAGCCAGUCCUUCUUCUCCCAGUUGAAGAGAGCCAAGCAGCAAGUCGAGUCCAAAAGCACGCAAAUCAAAGCGAUGGAUCCUAUCAUGCCGGCUCCCCGCAAGGUCCCAGUCCCACCCAUCCCUCCUCAGAGAGGGAUCCACAAAGCUGUCAACUCUCACACCAAGCCCACCGGCGUACCGCCACCGCCUCCCAACCUCAACAACAGCUCUUCAGCCAACCAGACCGGCACAGCUGACAGACAGGACCCAGCUCUCUCUCUGGCCAUAGACUUUGGCUUCGAGGACAACUUCAAUAAUUCCCUCAAAGUAGAGGAGAAGAAGAACCAGCAGAAUGGCAUCGGGCCCCCCCGGGAAGCUCCUCCAGUUCCCCCCCUGCCUCCACGUAAAGGCUCCUACACUCCCUCCAAUCCUCUCCCACCCACGCCCAUCCCCACUUCCAAAGACAGAGUUUCGUCCAUAGAGGCUAAAGAUGCCGCCUUCAUCACGCCUGCCAAAACAGAUCUUAGUGUUGACCGGCCCACCUCGUGGUGUGACAGCCCCACCACCAACAGCAUGCGGAACGCCAUGUUCUCCACUCAGGCCAGCCAGAGAGAGUACCUCAUCAAACACCGCCUGGCCAAGAAGGAGAAGGAGUACGUUGACAUCAAGGACUUCAGAUUCUUUUCUGGAACGUGGAAUGUGAAUGGCCAGUCUCCAGACAGCAGUCUAGAGCCCUGGCUGUGUUGUUCGCUAGAACCCCCUGACGUCUACGCUCUGGGUUUCCAGGAGCUGGACCUGAGCACAGAGGCCUUCUUCUAUCUGGACUCCUCUAAGGAGCAGCUGUGGGUAGAGGCUGUGGAGAGAAGUCUGCACCCCAAAGCCAAGUACAAGAUGGUGCGUACCAUUCGACUAGUGGGCAUGAUGCUAGUGGUGUUUGUCAACAAGGUGCACAAGAAUCACAUUAAAGAGGUUGCGGCUGAGCACGUGGGAACUGGCAUCAUGGGGAAAAUGGGCAACAAGGGAGGUGUGGCGGUGCGCUUUGUGUUCCACAACACCAGCUUCUGCUUUGUCAACUCCCACCUGGCGGCCCACGUGGAGGACUUUGAGAGGAGGAACCAGGACUACAAAGACAUCUGUGCCCGCAUGAGCUUCCACCUGCUAGACCACCCUCCCCACAAUAUCGUCAAACACGAUGUAGUGAUCUGGGUAGGAGAUCUGAACUACCGGUUGUUUGUGUACGAUGCAGCUGAGGUCAAACAGCUCAUCUCCCACAACCAACUGAGGAAACUGCAGGAGUAUGACCAGCUGAAUAUCCAGAGACAGAACAAGCGAGCUUUCACAGACUUCAUGGAGGGAGAGAUCAAUUUCAUGCCCACGUACAAGUAUGACGCCAAGACGGACCGCUGGGACUCUAGUGGGAAGUGUCGUGUCCCAGCGUGGUGCGAUCGGAUCCUGUGGAGGGGCAGUAAUGUGAAGCAGCUCCACUACAGGAGUCACAUGGAACUGAAGACCAGCGACCACAAGCCUGUCAGCUCCCUCUUCAGUGUCGGGGUGAAGGUGGUGAACGAGGCACGCCACAAGAAAGUCUUUGAGGAGAUCGUGCGCAUGAUGGACAGGAUGGAGAACGAAUUCCUCCCGUCUCUGGCACUGACCCACAGAGAGUUCACCUUUAAGGACGUCAAGUUCCGCCAGCUGCAGCGGGAGAGUUUUGUGAUUUCUAACGACGGGCAGGUCGCCUGCCACUUUGUCUUCAUCCCCAAGCUCAACGACUUGCAGUACUGCAAGAACUGGCUCCGCGCUGAGCCCAGCGAAGGCUUCCUAGAGCCCAAUGAAACUUUAGAGAUCUUCCUGGAUGUGUACGUGAGCAAGGACUCGGUGACGCUGCUCAACUUGGAAGAGGACGCCAUCGAAGACAUCCUGGUGCUGCACCUGGACCGAGGCAAGGACUACUUCAUCACCAUCUCCGGCAACUACCUGCCCAGCUGCUUCGGUACCUCGCUGGAGACCCUGUGCCACAUAAAGAAGCCCAUCCGGGAGGUCCCCAUUACCAAGCUCAUCGACCUGGGAGAGGACAGCUACAUGGAAAAGGAGAAGUCCAGGGUGAGCUUCCUGAUGGUGGACAGUGCCGGCACAGAGGACAAGCCCUUAAAGAUUCCCAAGGAGGUGUGGCUGCUGGUGAACCACCUCUUUACCAUGUCCUGCCAGCAGGAGGACCUGUUCCAGACACCGGGCCUGCAGGAGGAGCUGCAGGGUGUCAUCGACUGCCUGGACACCAGCAUUCCUGACUCCAUCCGUAUCCUUACUCAUAUGUCCCCAGUCAUUCCUGACUCCAUCCCUGGUUGUAACCACUCCGUGGCCGAGGCCCUGUUGAUAUUCCUGGAAGCUCUGCCGGAGCCAGUGGUCUGUUACGAGCACUACCAGCGCAGCCUGGACUGCUCCCAUGACAGCCGCCUCUGCAAACAGUUGAUCUCCCAGCUGCCCCGGGCUCACCGCAACGUCUUCCGCUACCUGAUGGCCUUCCUCAAGGAGCUGCUGAAAUAUGCCCACAACAACAACCUCACUGCCAACCUCAUAGCUACCCUCUUUGCCAGCCUGCUCAUCCGACCCCCGCCCAAUAUGGUGGGCCGACAGACAGCGCAGGACCGACAGAGAGCCAUCGACUUCAUUCUGGGCUUCCUCAUGGGAGGGGACGAGGAGUGAGGGGUCAGGGGAUCAGACAGCCGGGACCUUUUGAUUACAGACUGAAGAAUGGGGUUUUGGUGGACACACGGUCCAUGUAUGUGUGUAAGGGACCAUGGUGGAUUGUGUUGUGGGAGAACAAACAGUGCAAUUAUAUGGGACCCUUUCUUAUCAGACUCUUAUCAAUGCCCCAGCCCACAGCCUUUGUAGUGCUGUACUUCAGUCACUCACAACCAUCACCAUUAACCAAGUCCCAUAGUUUUCAUCUCUGCUCAUUGUGUGGCUGCAGGACCAGGAGUUUAGGUGUUGGGCAGCUUGGAGUGACAGUGAACAGUCAACUGACUGACGCCCCACUUCCCAGGCAACCCAUGCCCCAUUCAACCGCCACUGAGGACUGUUCCGUGCCCCAUUCAACCCCCACUGAGGACUGUUCCGUGCCCCAUUCAACCCCCACUGAGGACUGUUCCGUGCCCCAUUCAACCCCCACUGAGGACUGUUCCGUGCCCCAUUCAACCCCCACUGAGGACUGUUCCGUGCCAAAACGAUACCCUUUACCUGAUUUGAAUGUGAACUCUGAAUGGAAGUACAAUAUGUAUGUAGGAACCCACAGAUACUAAGAUAAUGAUGAUCUGUUAGUACGUUACACUAAAGAUACACGUAGAGGGUCGUGCAGAAAAUUUGGAUCGCAUUCUACCUGGUGGAUACUCCUCUCAGAGUGAACGAUUCAACCCGUGGGUACGUAGUGAUAUCGCACGCAAGAUACUUCUGGGGAACACAGAGAGACUAAAUGAAUCCUUGCUGCCGAAAUACCGACCAAGGAAGUUUGACGUUCUUCUACAAGAUAAUGAUGACAAUCCGGAGCAGUCCUUUCUGGGAUCUGGGAGACAUAUUGGGAGAUGUGUUAGAACUGUCAGCUAUGGUGUAAACAAAUGUUAUUUAUGAUUUAUAUUCUUUCCUUACAUAACUUUGUACCAUCUUUAGAGUUUAUUUCAACUUCAUACUUCUUUUAAGAGACCACAUUUUGGAUAUUGAGCGUUAUCGUGAGUUAGGCUGAUUUCUCCAUUCAAGUACAUUACAACUCUGAACCCAAAUCACACUAACUUGACCUGCUUGUACAGUAUGUGCUAUUCUCUGGGCCAGUUUUUCAGACCCAGAUUAAUCUUAUUGGAGAGUUAACAUUCGCGAUUGAGCAUGCUUUUUUUUGUUGUUCAAGAGUGGUUCAAUGUGGUUGUCUCAUCCAGCUAUCUUAAGAUGAAUGCACUAAUUGUAAGUCGCUCUGGAUAAGAGUGUCUGCUACAUGACUAAAAUUAGUUGGCUUUUAGUCUUGAGUCCGGGAAAAACCCUUCCUACAGUGUGCUACAGAACAUAACAAAGACAAACCCACUACGGCAUCGAUGUCUUAACAUUUGUUGCAAACAGUCCCUCUCCUGUCCGCAUUGAGCUCUUGUGGGUUUUUUGACUCUGCUGUCAGCUCUUAUUAUGGUGGUGCAAACCGUGUGUUCAAUAUGUAUGUAUUGUUUGUUGGUCAUGCAGGUACCAUCGUUUAAAUGCUUGUUUAUAUGUUUAUUUUCUCGCUUCAGCCUCGUCUGCCUCGCUGUCUGCCUUCAUACUGGUUAGAGCCUCAUUGUAUUGGGCCUGUGUGCUCAGGCAGGGGCCUUUCUUGUCACAGUCGAUUCAGACAAUAUAAUGCCCUGUUUUUCUGUCUUGAGUUUCAUCUAAAGUAGCACCCUAUACCCUAUAUAAUGCACUACUUUUGACCAGAGAGCGCUGGUCAAAAGUAGUGUGCUAUAUAGGGGAAAGGGUGCCAUUUCGGACGUACCCUAAUACUUUUUUCAGUGGCAAAGCAUUUUUUACAGUACAGGUUGAACAGGAUUUAGAUGUUCAUUACUCUCCGCUGAGACAAAACUGUUUCCCCCCCCCUAAAUGCUGUCGUUAUGGUUGUGAAACGAGGAACUCUAAUGCUGUCGUGGAACAUGUUAUGGUUGUGAAACGAGGAACUCUAAUGCUGUCGUGGAACGUGUUAUGGUUGUGAAACGAGGAACUCUAAUGCUGUCGUGGAACGUGUUAUGGUUGUGAAACGAGGAACUCUAAUGCUGUCGUGGAACGUAUUAUGGUUGUGAAACGAGGAACUCUAAUGCUGUCGUGGAACGUGUUAUGGUUGUGAAACGAGGAACUCUAAUGCUGUCGUGGAACGUGUUAUGGUUGUGAAACGAGGAACUCUAAUGCUGUGACAUUUCUACAGUGUUUAUUCCCUUUGUUUUCCACACUGUCGUCUAGUAACGUUGGUAAUAAGGCGUGAAAACAGCUCCUGGCUGGCCUGUUGUGUGACACGCUUGGUCUAUGACACUUGUUUCCACUGGAAACGUUUCCCUCUCUUAUGUCUCCAGUCAACUAAUCUAGCCAGAAAAGCCUGUUACUUAGUCCACAGACAUGUACUGUAAUCUAGCCAGAAAAGCUACAGAAAAGGCAUUCAAAGUUUUUCAGUGUUUUUCAAUAUCGCAUGAUUUUGUAGCUAACACAAUGACAGGCUGUUAAUCAAAGCACUUAACAGGUUGUCUCUCUGUCAGCUCUCACCCAGAGAGGAUUUUGAGUGGAGUUGGCCCAAGUCGUGUGUGACUUCCGGACUGCAAUCAUCCGUACAGUACAUUCUAAAAUGGGCCCGAUGCACUUGCAGCAUUCUUCAGAGUUGUCAUAGACUUAAGCGCUUUGCUUAGCUUUGCCAAACCAUGAUUGGCCCUGGAUGGAUUGGUCCUACCUGUUGUCUCGGACUCUUACCGAGGAGGAACAGUAAAUCUGAGAUUGUCAUCUCAUUCACAACACAAAGCUUUUACAUCAGAGACAAGGUUAUCCCCAGCUGCAGAGAUAUUGUCAGAAUUGAAUAUUCAAAUUGGGAGAUGAGCCCACAUUCAUGUUGUCCUAGCUGUCCCUUCAUCUGUGGUCUGUCUGUGUUUUCAUGUGUUGUCUUUUCCUGCUCUGCUCCCCUUCAUACUGUGGCUUUUGUAAUGGUCUGUCUAGUAAUAAUGCUACAUGUGCACAACUGUUUUUUGUAUUUUUAAUUUAUUUAACGGAAAUAAAAUAAUGUAUGAAAAAAACA